CAAAACGUAAGCCCAAUCAAAGUGAACCCUAAACAUUAAAAAACUAUCCUCGUCUAUAUAAGACAAUCCUGACGUCGGAACUCAAAACCCUAGCUCUACCUCUCAAUCUCUGAUCCACGCCUCCACCGUCCUCCAGAUAUGAAGGUUGUAGCAGCUUACUUGUUGGCUGUGUUGGGUGGCAAAACCUCCCCCUCUGCCGAUGAUAUUUCCGACAUCCUCGGCUCAGUUGGAGCUGAGUUUGAUCAGGAAAGAGUUGAAUUGCUUCUGUCCCAAGUUGCCGGCAAAGAUAUAACUGAGCUGAUUGCAGCUGGAAGGGAGAAAUUGGCCUCGGUACCUUCAGGAGGUGGUGCAAUUGCUGUGUCGGCAUCAUCUGGGGGAGGUGGUGGCGCAGCACCUGCUGCGGCUGUUGAGUCCAAGAAGGAAGAGAAAGUGGAAGAGAAAGAGGAGUCUGAUGAUGAUAUGGGUUUUGGUCUCUUCGAUUAAGAAAUUUGCAAUCGCCUUGCUAUGCCAAUUGUCAGUCUUUUAACUUCAUUUUAGUAGAAUAUUAUUGUUUAUGGUUUUGUUUGUUGGAGAAUAUUUUGUUUACUUCAAAGAACCAGUUUCACAAGGAAGAAAUUAUACUCUCUCUAUUUUGAAUUUCAA